AUAGCGUGCGGAACUUUUUACGGAUAAUAGCUGCUAUAAGGAAGGCGACUGGAAUUAUUUUUGUUUUAAUUAAGUUCUUCAUAAACCAAUCUUGCGCGUUUUCUUCGGAAACUGAUGUUUGACGGAAUGAUGCAAGACGAAUCCAGCUCCCCAGUGUCUCCAGCGGACAGUCUUAGCAACAGUGAAGAAGAACUCGACAGGCAACAGAAAAGAUGUGGGAGGAAAAGGAGAACGAGCAGGAAAAAUGGGGAGGAUUCAGAUAGCCCGACCCCUGGGAAAAGAGGAAAAAAGUCCAGCAGCAGCAGUCCGCAGUCUUUCGAAGAACUUCAGACGCAGAGAGUCAUGGCGAACGUGCGCGAGCGACAGAGGACGCAGUCCCUCAACGAAGCGUUCGCAUCUUUGCGGAAAAUUAUUCCCACUCUGCCAUCAGACAAACUGAGCAAAAUACAGACUCUCAAACUUGCUGCCAGGUACAUCGAUUUCCUCUACCAAGUACUUCAGAGCGAUGAACUGGAUUCCAAAAUGGCAAGUUGUAGUUAUGUGGCUCAUGAAAGACUAAGCUAUGCCUUCUCUGUAUGGAGGAUGGAGGGCGCGUGGUCCAUGUCAGCAUCUCACUAGCGUCUGUGGAGCCAUAGGGCAACAUGGUGACAACCGAUUCCACUUACCUAUCCCAAAGGGCAAUUCUGGAGUCCCAUGCUGGAUUUGUACAAAGCUGCAGUAUUUUGGGGGAAAAUCAAACCAAAGAUGACGAGGCGUGGGGAGCACUUACAGAGAAAAAGGCCGAGGACAACCAGCAGUCGAGUUUGACUACACAAUCAUUUGUUCGCUCUACAUUCUGAUAUGCUUAAAACUUUUGUUUUUGAUUGACGAUGAAUGUUGGAAACCCUAAUCACUCUAUGCAUGCCUUUUGAUGCAGUCGUGCCGUUGUUUUCUCGGAAGAGGGUCAAAAUACAUCGAAAUGACCAUCUCAGUUUCAGAAUCAAGCUGCCGACGAGAAAGGACUGAUAUAGCCAUGAAAUGGUUUGAAAUUUGGCUCGUACCUGUGCAAACCUUUUUUUAGGUUAUUUGUCUCGGAAAAUACAUUUAUUUAUUUAUUGAUGACACUUGUUAUAAUGCAUAAUUAGAUCCGGUGUCUAAAUGCAUUCCUAUUUUUAUGAUUGUUUUGUAAAUAACUGUAUAUUUUUCUGCAAUAAAAUAAAUAUGAUUUUUAAACUAA